GGCAGUUCUCCUGCAGUUGAAUGAUUUGUCUCCAUCAGGAUCAAAUUCAGAAUGAAUAUCCACCGUGUUCUGUUCUUCUGCUUCUUCUCAGCACUGUGUGGUGGAAACACUGGGCUCGUCAGCGCAAAAGUCUACAUAUUUACAGGAGCUGAGGGAGGAACUAGCACAAUUAGUUGCUACUUGUCUCUGUCUCCGUCUGGAAGCAGGAAGUUCUUCUGUAAGAACGAAUGUAAAGCAGAAGAUAUUCUGGUUAAAACAGAUGAUGUCAGAGCUCAGAGAGGCAGAUACAGCAUUGAAUACAGAGAUGGACCUUCUGGAAGAGGAAUUGUGUCUGUGACCAUCACAAAUCUGAUCAAGUCUGACUCAGGACGGUACAGGUGUGGUCUGGGCGGGACUUCAGUUCCAGAAUCAUUCAGUGACUUUGAGGUCAGAGUUUCAGAUGAACUGCUAGCGGGAAACUCUGGUUUUAUCCGUACAGGUAUUGAAGGAGGUGAUAUGAAAAUUGGAUGCAGCGAUACUGUCUAUGGAAAGCAGAAGUUUUUAUGUAAGGGUGAAUGUAAAAAAGAAGAGGACAUUAUCAUUGAAACAGAUGAAAACAGAGCUCAGAGUGGCAGAUACAGCAUUGAAUAUAUAGAAGGAUCUGUAUUUGGACUGUAUGUGACCAUCACACAGGUGACCAAGUCAGACUCAGGACAGUACAGGUGUGGUUACGGCAGAGCUCUGUCUCAAGAUUCAUACCGCACACUUCAGAUCAUUGUCAUAGAUGCUCCGACCACUUCAAAACCAGACUGGACUCUUGGACCAACAUCAGUCCCAACAGCCUCCACACAAGCAACAACUCAGAGCUCCAGUUCGGGAAGUUUCACAUCUUCACCAGCUUUCCCUGAAACCACCAACCAGCUGACAGCCCUCUCCUAUGUCCCUCGCCCAGGUUACUUCUUGCCUCUGGUUGUGUGCCUGCCCUUGGUUCUUGUGCUGUUGGCUGUUUCUCUGCUGGUCAUCUACAAAUGGAAGACAAGGAGGAAUACUGGUUUGAACACCAGAGGAAAUGCAGGCAGCGUACAGAUGGAGGUGGAGUCCGUCAUCUAUGAGAACUGUCCUCCAGUCUCCACAUGUGAAGACUCCAUCUACCAGAACUUCGAUCGAGGGACUCAUUUUAAGACCGGAUACAAAUAGUAAUGUUUGCAUUUGAAUCUUGGUUUUGUACUGUGCAGCUUAUAAUGUGCUGUAAGGUUCCAUUUUCUUUUGGCAGAUAUCAAAUGAUAUCUGAUGAUACUAAUCAUUUAUUUCAGGAUUCCUUAUUAUUCUUUCCAAAACAUUUAGAAAAACAUAAAGAAUCAAUACAGUCCAGCAUUUACCAGUUACUCAAUACGCCAGACUAAGGGUCAUUUUGUAAUGAAAGCCAAGAGAAGCCAGAUUUCAACUUUUAUUUGUCAUUGUUAUUUUAGUUCAAUGAAGUCAUUGUGUGUCAUC